AUGGGGGGCGAUGAUGAGAGCGGUCCGCUGCUCCGCCCGGACAGGGAGACGAGCGAUGUGCGCGGGCCCUCGCUCGAGAGCCAGCGGCAGGUGCGUGAGGACGCGCCCAACCGGGGAGCCGCGAAGAAGGACGAGGGGCUCAUUGAAGAGCUGUGGAUGAGUGGAGCCUGGCGGGCGGCCCCCCUGUUCAUUUUGGCGGUGCUGCCGUGGGCGAUGAUCUUCCCCUACCUCCCGCAGCUCAUGGUCGACUUCUUCGCCUCGGAGGAGGCGGGCUACGACCUCACGUGCGCGGAUUCCCCCGGCGCCGACCAGCCCCAAGCGUGCCGCGACGCCUACAGCACGGUCGUGACGUGGCAGGCGUGGAAGUCGUUUGCGUCGCAGGCGGUGCUGUCCUUCCUGCUCACUCCCGCGGUCGGCCGCUGGUCCGACCUGCGAGGCAGGCGCCCCGUCAUCCUGUUCUGCACCUCCCUCGACAUCCUCCCGCUCCUCGCGCUGCUCGCGUACCUCUCGGGCGCUGUCCGCCUGUACGCCUUCUGGCCCCUCUCCGCGCUGAACCAGGCCGUCAACAGCUCCGCCGUCAUCCUCUCGUGGGUCUCGGACGUCGUGCGCCCCUCGCGUCGCGCCGCGGCGUUCGGCGCGCUCACCGCCGUGGCGGUGUUCGGGAUGGCGGGCGGGCCGUUGGCGGCGCUCUUCUCGGGCCCGCGGCCCGCCACGGUCGCCGCGCUGUGCGUGCGGCUCGUGGGCGUGGCGUACGCGCUCGUGGCGGUGCCGGAGACCAUCGGGCAGCGGCGGGCGCCGUGGAAGGUGCGGUGGGGCGUGGCGGAGGACGACGAGGACGAGGUCCGGCGGCGGAAGGGCGUUGCGGGCGAGGAGCGGGCCAGCGAGGGGUGGCGCAGGUGGCUGCCGAUCGACAAGGGAGCCCUGGGGGUCGUGCUGCGGUCGCGGCUGUACCGUCGGCUGACGCUCGUCCUCAUGCUGCAGGCUGCGUGCUCCGAGGGCCUCCAGGACACGCUCCUGCAGUAUCUGAUGCUCGUGGCGGGCUUCACGUCCAAGGACAAUGCGGUCGUCCUCGUCGUCAUUGCCCUGGGGGGUUUCCUGUCUCUGACGUUCGGCCUGCGGACCCUCCUGCUCUUCGUGUCCGAGCGCGGCGUCCUCCUCACGGGCCUCGGAGGCCUCCUGGUGCACCUCCUGCUCCUCCCGGUCACGACCACGCGCGCGCUCGCGUACGGGGGGCUCUUCGUUGGCCUGACGUCGUCGCUCAUACUCCCUGCCAUCAGCUCGAUGAAGGCCAACGCCGCCGCGGACGACGAGCAGGGCGCGGUGCAGGGCGCGCUGUUUGGUGCCAGGGCAGCCGCGGCGGGGGUGGGCCCGCUGCUCUUCGCGGGGCUCUUCCACGCGACCACGUCAGGGAGCCGUGAGGAGGGGGGCGCGUGGCCGCUGCCGUACUUCCCUGGCGCGGUGUUCUUGCUUGGCGCGGCGCUGACGGUCGCUGCGAUGGUGGUGGCGCACGGGAUCAGGGCGGAGGACGUCGUUGGCGUGAAGGAGGGGGCGCGACGGCAGCGGGAAGCGGGGCGGUGCAGCGUCGAGGGGGACCGUCCCGGGACGACGCAGCCGCUGCCAUGA